ACUGGUUUACUGGUCUGUGCUAACACUAACACUAACACGUAUAAAUUCUCAGUUGUUUACUGCCAUUUAUCAAGCUAAAUUUAACUUCGGUUACCCCGGAAGAAAUUCAGUAAUUCUUUAAAUGGCUACGAAAUUUCGGCCUAGUGAUGGCGAUUGGACUUGUCCUGAUGAAAGCUGUGGAAAUGUCAACUUUGCUAGACGAAGUGCCUGCAAUCGUUGUGGGAAAGCCAAAGAAGAUGACAAAGCAAAAGCUAAGAAGCUUGGCAUGGAAAUCGGGAAAGAUGCAGCAGAGAAGAGCAAGGGCCUUUUUAGUGCAGAUGAUUGGAUGUGUACAAAAUGUGGAAAUGUAAACUGGGCCAGAAGAGGAACUUGCAAUGUAUGCAAUGCCCCAAGGUUUGGAGAAGUGGAAGAACGAACAGGUUAUGGAGGAGGCUACAAUGAACGUGGAACAGUAGAGUAUAAAGAAAGAGAAGAGUCAGAUGAUGAAUUUGAUGAAUUCGGACGUAUCAAGAAAAAGUUCAGGAAAAAUGAUGUGAACUCUGAUGAGUUACCUUCAACAUCACGUGAACCAAAAACAUUAGACGACGAGGAGGAGGAUGAGGAAGAAGAUGAUGAUGAUGGAGAUUUAUCAAAAUACGAUCUUAGUGGUUGGGGUGACGAAAGUAACGAGAAUCCCGAAGAAAAGAAAUCAUCACCUGUCAACGAUGCUCCAGUAAAAUCAGAAAAUGGCAGCAAAUCCAGCGGAAUCCAGGUCUCCCGGUCGUUCCAGGUCGUCUUCUCGUGAUCGAUCCGGUUCUAGGUCAAGGUAACACCCGGUAGCGACAAUUUGGCUAUCGGGCAAACAACUUUUGUUUUUCUGUUGAUUCCAAAACACCUCCAAAAUUAUUUUUGAACGGCUAAACUAUCAUUCUUGUCAAUGUGGUUGAGGUAACCGCUUGUAAGGUCCGUAUCUAGUUCGAACCCAAACGGUUAUUCGAAACAAUUGUCCACACACGUGUUUUUUUUAUCGACCGAAAUUUUGAGAUUACGUAGAAAUUUCUCCACUUUAGCAGGAGCAGAAGGUCAGAUAAACGCAGUGAUCGCCGCCGACGCCGUUCAAGAUCUUCAAGCGACCGUUCUAGAAGCCGUUCUCGGUCCAGGUUUGGUUUGCCAAUCAAGGGCUUUCAUUUUUAGUUGCUUCACAAACAGAACAAUCGUCAAACAUGUUGAUUAACUAUUGCGAAUAUUGAGACAAGUUCCUCUUCUUGUAUACUAGGUCUCGUUCUAGAAGCCGCAGACGUCGCUAAACUUCUUCAACUUUACUCAAAAGCAAUUUGAGUUGAUGAUCAACUGCAUCGCUUGCAAAAUUACCCUUUUACACCCAUAAUAGAUUUUGAUAGUAACAUUAUCUUCACCUUUUCCUGCAAUUUAUUUUCUCAUGGCAGAAAAAUAAACAAUUACUUCCAAA